AUGGUGCCCCCACACUCGUUUAUGUUCUUUUUGUCGGUCGUUUUUACCCACCUGUGUUCAUUCGUUUUUGCCGUCCCGUGGGUUGUCACAGAUUACUACGAACAGGCUGUCGUCACUGAAGACUACUACUACACCAGCAGGGUCAUCACUACGAUCCAGCAAAUUUCCCCGACUGCCACUUCCCUGCCCGAGGCAGCAUCGACCAUCACCUCCAUCGGGACCGGAUAUUACGGAGGAGAUGCUACCGUCAUCCAGAAGCUCUAUCCCACCGGCGUAGGGAAGCCUGCCGAUGUUUACGAUUAUCCCUCCUACUACGACGAUGAGUACCAUUACACCAUCUUCAAGGUGUACUUGACCUACUCAGCCCCAACGGGCUGCGCAACUCAAUGGACGCAGACCACUGCUGUCCCAGUAAGUCCGCCCCGUGUGGUGGAGGACUUGCUGCCUCGGACUGCCAUGGAGACUUCAGUUUCGGUCGACUCCAGCCAACCCUUCCAGCCGACCACUUACACGUAUGAUGUGGUCUAUGUCGACCCAACUCAGGUCCCUAGUAGUUCUCUGGAGUCACUCAGUUACUACAACCGACCCACCUCCCUCUACACUGGUGCACAGUGCUAUUAUACGAGUACAGACAGUCCCUCCUACAACGGCGGUUACUACGGCUACGACGACGACUACAACUGGUUCCUCGAUGACUACUGGAUGGGUAUCUCACCGUUGGCCCUUACCCUGAUUCUCACCCUAGGCUGGAUUGGCCUGUUUCUGAUCCUAGGAUUCAUCGAGGCCUUCGUUCGAUUCCGCCGCCUAAUGACUGGCUGGCAAACCCGGCGCGGUCUGCCCGUCUGCUGGUCUCUCACUGUCAUCCCAAUUAGCCUUCUCCUUCUUUGUUUCUUCCGUAAGGGCUAUCGCGCCCGCUCACAGGCUGACUCGGAGAUUCUGAAGAAGAGAUGGAAUGCCAUGGGUUUCUGGACCAAGCUGCGCCUCCGCGUGAAGACAAGCAAGCAGCCGGGCAAGAACCCUGGGCCACGUCUCCUGACCCCGAGUCCAUCGCAGAGCGUGGCGCCGGACUCGCGUCAGGGAUCCACCGCUGCACAUAGUACUGCGGAUCUUGAAAUGGCGGAAGUAUCUCCGGAACCUUCGCAGCAUCCAUCCCAGCCCGCGGCUCUGCCGUCGACCGCAUCCGGGGCGCUUCCACCUCAUCAGGAUGACCAGAUUGGUCGAGCGCAUUGA